GUCUGAUUUUAACCGGUCAAUUAAGAACAGCUUAGAGCUUCUUCUCUAUUGAAGAAUCGUAGUAGCUUCACACAAUACGGUGAAGUUCUCUGCUUGAAUCGUCUUCCUCUUCGAUAGACGUCACACUCACACGCUUGUUUCAAAUCAGAAAUGGUUGACUUGUCAACUCUAUCUCCUACGGAGAUCACGGUGAUGGGAUCCGUGUUCUGCGUUUUGCUCUCUAUGCACUUCACGAUGCAGCUCAUCUCCCAGCAUCUAUUCUACUGGAAGAACCCUAAACAACAGAGAGCCAUUCUCUUCAUUGUACUCAUGGCUCCUGUUUACGCUGUCAGCUCGUUUUUGGGCUUGCUUGAUGCUAAAGGAAGCAAACCCUUGUUCAUGUUCUUAAACGCCGUUAAUUGCUAUGAGGCACUUGUCAUUGCUAAGUUCUUGGAGUUGAUGUAUAGCUACAUCAACAUAUCGAUGAGUGGAAUGACUAUCCCUGAUGAGAUCAAAGGGAGAGAGAUCCACCAUUCGUUUCCAAUGACGCUAUUCGUUCCUCGGACAACGCAUCUCGAUCACCGCACGCUGACACAGCUCAAGCAUUGGACGUGGCAGUUCUGUGUUAUCCGCCCUGUGUGUUCCUUCUUGAUGAUAGCGCUGCAGCUUCUUGGGGUUUAUCCACCGUGGUUGAGCUGGAUCUUCACCGUUAUUCUGAACGUCUCGGUGUCACUGGCUUUGUAUUCUUUGGUGAAGUUCUUCCAUGUUUUUGCUAAAGAGCUGGAGCCUCAUAAGCCCCUUACGAAGUUCAUGUGCAUUCAAGGGAUUGUCUUCUUCUGCUUUUGGCAGGGAGUAGUGCUGGAGGUAUUGGUGGGGUUGGGGUUAGUUAAGACGCAUCAUUUCUGGUUGGAGGUGGAGCAGCUUGGGGAAGCUCUGCAAAACGUGCUUGUGGUUCUUGAGAUGAUCGUCUUCUCCGUUAUGCAGCAAUACGCUUUUCACGUUGCUCCCUACAGUGGAGAAACCGAAGCUAAGAUGAGAAUGAGCAAGAGGGAUUGAUUCUAAAAGAGGAUUUAGACCAGAGAAGAUUUUUGUUUUUUUGUUUGGUUGUUUAUGUUUAAUGUGAAUGUUACUGAUUUUCUCUUACGAACAUUUGGAUAGUGAUUAAUAAAUGUAUCAGUCUUUUGUUUUC